AUGCGUGCCUGGAAGGCAGUGGCCAGCACGCUGGCACUCAGCGGGACCGAUGUGGUGGUCACCACGCUGCUCUACACCCAUGGCCGGGGUGGCCGGGAUGUCCUGCAGGACCUGCGGCACUUCAACAUCUUUAACUCGCUGCUGGACAUCUGGGGGGGCUGCCUCUACCGCAGCUGCGUGCUGCUGGGGGCUGCCAUCGGGGUGGCCACCAACACGGCCUAUGGCCCCCGGCGCCUCAGGGCAUCGCGGACCUUCAUCGCCGUUUGCCGCCUGCUGGCCUGCGUCCCCUCCUCCCGCGAGGCGCUGGGGCCUGGCUCAGAGUCCCGUGCCGAGGCGGAGGAAAGCUGCGAUGCGGGUGCCCCGCGGGACAAGCGGGAGGAGGCGGCGGGUCCCACCAUCCAUAAGCUGCUGUCCUACACCAAGCCGGAUGCCUUCUUCCUGGGCAUCGCCUCCUUCUUCCUCCUCGUGGCCGCGCUGGGAGAGACCUUCCUGCCCUACUACACGGGGCUGGCCAUCGACGGCAUCGUGGUGCAGAAGAGCAUGGAUCGCUUCUCCACGGCCGUGCUGGUCAUGUCGCUGCUCGCCAUAGGAAGCUCAUUUGCCGCAGGUAUCCGGGGCGGCGUUUUUACGCUCAUAUUUGCGAGACUGAACAUUCGCCUUCGCAACUGCCUCUUCAGGUCGCUGGUGUCUCAGGAGAUGAGUUUCUUUGAUGAGAAUCGCACAGGGGAUGUCAUCUCCCGCCUGACAUCGGACACGACCAUCGUGAGCGACCUGGUCUCCCAGAACAUCAACAUCUUCCUGCGCAACAUGGUGAAGGCCACAGGGGUGAUCUUCUUCAUGUUCAGCCUCUCCUGGAAGCUCUCGCUCGUCACCUUCAUGGGCUUCCCCAUCAUCAUGCUGGUGUCUGAUGUCUACGGGAAGUACUACAAGAAACUCUCCAAGGAUGUGCAGAACGCCCUGGCCAAGGCCAACAACACUGCCGAGGAGACCAUCUCUGCCAUGAAGACGGUCCGCAGUUUUGCCAACGAGGAGGCAGAGGCGAACGUGUACUGGCAGAAGCUACAGCAAGUGUACAAACUCAACAAGCGGGAGGCCAUGGCUUACACCUACUACGUCUGGUCCAGCGGGCUGACUCUCCUGGUGGUCCAGGUCAGCAUCCUUUACUACGGUGGGCACCUCGUGAUCUCGGGGCAAAUGACAAGUGGAAAUCUGAUAUCCUUCAUCAUUUACGAGUUUGUCUUGGGAGACUGCAUGGAGUCAGUCGGCUCCGUCUACAGCGGCCUGAUGCAGGGAGGGGGAGCUGCCGAGAAGGGGUUCGAGUUCAUCGACCGCAAGCCAACGAUGGUGAACGACGGGUCCCUGGCCCCAGACCGCGUGGAUGGGAAGGUGGAGUUCAGAAACGUCACGUUUUCCUACCGGACUCGCUCCGCAACGCAGGUCCUUCAGAAUGUGUCCUUCACCCUGCACCCUGGCAAAGUGACGGCGCUGGUGGGUCCUUCGGGGAGCGGGAAGAGCUCCUGUGUCAACAUCCUGGAGAACUUCUACCCUCUGCAAGAUGGGCAGGUGCUGCUAGAUGGGCAUCCCAUUAACAUGUACGAUCACAAGUACCUGCACUCAGUGAUCUCCCUGGUCAGCCAAGAGCCAGUGCUGUUCGCCCGCUCUAUUGCGGAUAAUAUUUCUUACGGCUUAACCUCAGCCUCCUUUGAGUCGGUUGUUCAGGCGGCCCAGAAGGCCAAUGCACACGCCUUCAUCACGGAGUUACAAGACGGCUACCAUACAGAGGCAGGUGAAAAAGGAGCCCAACUGUCAGGUGGCCAGAAGCAGAGAGUGGCAAUUGCCAGGGCCUUGAUCCGAACGCCCCCCAUCCUAAUCCUGGAUGAAGCCACGAGCGCGCUGGAUGCAGAGAGCGAACAUGCGAUUCAGCAGGCGAUUUACGGUGACUUGCAGCACCACACGGUGCUUGUCAUCGCUCACAGGCUGAGCACUGUGGAGAAGGCACACAACAUCAUUGUGCUGGACAAGGGCCGCGUGGUGCAGCAGGGCUCGCACAAGGAGCUGAUGGAAGAAGGAGGCCUUUAUUCCAAGCUGGUGCAGAGACAGAUCCUGGGGCUGGAGGGGGGCGGCGCGCACAGUCACCAACCCGCGGCCCGGGGGGAUUCAGCCAAGGCACCCGGCGGGCUGGAGGAAGAGUUCAGGAUAGACCAUUCCCUGCCAGCCGCGACACAGGACGAUUACACCACCACGGCUCACAAGUGA